AUGUCUACUAAAGUUCGCAUCUUGUCAUCCGAUACUCCGCACUUGAAAUUGCUAGAGCAGCGUGCUGAGCAGGGACGCCAGGAAGUCCUUGAGCUCCGCAAUAAGGUUCAGGAAUUAAGCACUCAAAUAUGGAACCAGUAUCAAAGGAUGUGCGAAACAAAUGCCGAAUCAAUAUGCCUCGAAUUAGGGAUAGAGAAGCUGAAAUCGGUGAUCGUCGAUGAAACAGCUAUGAAAAUAAAUCUUCGGACCCAAAUUUUGGCCUCUCUGGGCUGUGACCUGGCUGAUGAAGGAUGUAUUGAGGCGAUCACAACAAGCGAAGUACCACAAAACUCUGUCUGCCCACAAGGGGAACUAUCGCAAGGCUCAGAAUCUAGCGCACCAUCCAAGUCUCCAUCUUGUAUACAGAAGGAAAUAAAUGACGAGGAAUUCAACGCAUUGCCGGAUACCAUUAAUUGCUUACAGGAAGAUGAGGAAUUGAGAACACCACUGAAAUUUCCUUCUUGCCUGCCAGAAGGAUUGGAAGAGGUAGAGCUAACGACGCUGUUGGCCAUACAAUGUACGGAGCUUCAGAAGAUGGCAGGAAGCUUGUCGGACGCGUCACUCUUCCAACAGUGCACUCGUUUAUGCGAUCUAGCGUACAAAAUGAAGUGA